AUGGUGGAGAAGCUUUACGUCACUUACAACGAUGUCCACAGGCUGUGCCAGGAGUCCGCUCCUCGCAUGCUCGAGUCCUUCAAGCCGCAGCUCAUGAUCGCCAUCGGUGGCGGCGGCUAUGUCCCCGCGCGCAUCCUGCGAUCCUUCCUCAAGCAGCAGGGGCAGCCCAACAUCCCCAUCCAGGCGAUCGGCCUGUCGCUGUACGAGGAGCUGCCCAUCGCCCACGAGGCCAACGCCACGACCGGCGCCGUCGACCAGAUCGGCACAAAGGUCACGCGCACCCAGUGGCUCGACUUCACGUCCCUGGGCGGCAUGGAGAACCUCGUCGGCAAGCGCAUCCUCAUUGUCGACGAGGUCGACGACACCCGCACCACCCUCGAGUACGCCGUCAAGGAGCUCGAGAAGGACGUCGCGGCCGUCAGCGAGAAGCUGGGCAAGGGCGGAGAGAAGACCGAGUUCAGCAUCUUUGUUCUGCACAACAAGGACAAGCCCAAGAAGGGCACCCUCCCCGCCGACAUGGAGCAGAACAAGUACCUCGCCGCCCAGACUGUCGGCGACGUCUGGAUCUGCUACCCCUGGGAGGCCACCGACAUUGAGGAGCACGACCGCCUCUCGGCCGAGCAGAAGCAGAAGAAGACCAGCAGCUCGUAG